AUGGACGCUUCUCAGUACCUUACCGAUGGUAUAGACACGAACUCUGUCUUUUACCCGUCGCGUCCCGCCAUCAUACCUUGUCAACCUCAGCAAAUCAAACGUCUGCUGCCUCACCAGACUCUGACGCCUCUGCAGCCGCAGACCCUCGCCGCCAUAGACCCGAUGAACCGCAGUAACCCCCACACUCCUAGCACUUCCGCGACUCCCAGCACGCCGGAUUCCCAGACCGACAUGAUGCCGUUCCAGCAUCAGCAGCAGCCGCCUCACAAUCCUUACCAGCACAUAGGCGAGCGCCCUCCCCUGCUCCAGACGUACGACACUCAGUCCAUGCUGCCCCUGACCACGAUGGGCACUUCUCACCUUCAGCCCAUCGCGCCUGCCCCGGCGUCUGGACAUGUUUCUUCUGUUCUGCAUUCUAUGCCCGCUAAUGUUGCCAGGCCUCGGUCUGGGAUGACCUCUGCCCGCGGCACUGGCUGUGUCAUGUCCGGUGGUAUGGAUGAUGUCGAUCAGACUAAACACGUCAUCGUCUCUUCUAGUCGCCGUGGACCUCUCACCGGCGCUUCUGGCGGACUUGCCGCUACUCCUGCUGGCACUGGCAACACCAAGAGCACUGUGAUACCAGUCAAAGCUGACAGCAAGAUCCCUGACCCUCACUACGACAAAACCUACUCGCAAGCGAAGCGCCAGAAGAGUCACCCUGUACGCCACACGGGCGGCCACUUGUAUGAACGAGGUGACAACAUGACUUCGCGUAAAGAUAAGAUGUUUCCGAAUGGCGAGCCCAACUCAGACCAGCUAUCAAACCUUGAUCGGACUCGGAUCCGCCAGGCUGGGUCGCAACAGGCCCGUGAAAAUCAUACUCAAUCUUCUCUUGGUCGUCCCGUACAGACACUGAUCGCACCCGACCCGGUCCCUACUACUGGCGUCCAGUGCUCAAGUGGACCCUCUGGGCCCUUGGAACACCGCGAUUCCCUUUUCUUUUCGACCUGGAACGUGCCGCAAUCGAUCGAAGAUCCUUUUGCACUCCUUUCCGACCGGAUCCUCAGCUUCCUCUAUUCUACAGAUUCCCCGAUAACCAACAAACGCACCAACUUCAACCGGUACUUCUCCGCUGGGAAUGUUCGCACCCUACUGAAAAAGUACACUGAAGUCAGUGUCAGAUGGCCUAUUCUCCAUACAUCCGCGUUCUGUAUCGUGGAUGCCUACACUGGCUUGUUGGUGGGCAUGUGCUGCUUGGGUGCCUACUACUCUGCCCUUAUCCAACCACAUCACGUGCGCGACCUGACAAAUUUCCUUGGGUCCGAAAUAGCUCGUGAUCUGGUGCCCUCAGCCGACUUGGUGAGCAAACAACAGAGUUGCGACGCUGGCGCAAAUACCUCGAAUACACUGAUUAUCUUUGGCGGCUCACCAUUGAACCUGGCAUGCCUGAUUCAUAACACUGCGCAGGAGCAACUAUACCUCCACCGUAACUCCGCUGUUAAGGCCUACCCCGGUGCUCAAUCUCAAAUAGACAUAUGGAAUUCUGACGAGGCAAUACGAAUCUGCAGGGAAAGUGCCGUCAUGGAGGGUUGCAUGAUUGAUGCACCUACUAAAGUCGAUGAAGACGUGAGCUGUGUCAAGCGGGCGUUUCAAGACGAGGAUAUGGGAUUGUUGGGACAGUUAAAUGUGGAUAAAGUUAGAGCGUCAAGCCUGACGCUCACCGUCAUUCGACCCUCUUCCGGUGUCAGUGAACCAUUCAGGCAUACCUGUUGUAUGGGCUGA